AGAGAAAUAGAACGAGAGAAAGAGGAGAUGAGAAUGAAAAAUCAGAGAAACAGGGAUGAAAGAGGAAGGGAUGCGAGAGAGAAUGAGAAGCGACGGUUUGAGUGGAGAAUGAAAUAGGGUUUGAGUGGAGAAUGAAAAAGCGUUAUUUUUUAAUAAAAGGCUCGACACCGGUUCAAACCGGUGGGCUUUAUUUUUUGCCACCGGUUUGAAUUGAACCGGUGCCUUUUUUCCUAGUUCAUAAAUCUGCCAAUUUUUUAGCCCAUUUUUGCCUCCGGUUCGGACUGAACCGGUGGCAAUUAAGGGGGGCCUUCUUCAUUUUUUCUACCAGUGACAUAUAAAAACUGUUUUUUUUUUUCUUUUUUUUUAUGUUGAACUUCAUACCAGUAAAUUCUUCUUGUCAGGAAAACAACUUAUAGGGUUCACUUUCAAAUUUAGGGAACACUUGCAGAUGGACAAGCUAUAGCUGUUAAGAGGCUUGCAAGUCCCUCAGGGCAAGGAAUUAGGGAAUUCAAGAGUGAGGCAUGCUUAGCAGCAAAGCUGCAACAUAAGAAUCUUGUCAAAGUUCAUGGAUUUUGCUUAGACGGAGAAGAAAAAUUACUUGUAUAUGAGUUUGUGCCAAAUAAAAGCUCUGACCGAUUUCUACAUUGCUGAUAUUGUAGGUACAAACAGGGGAGUCCAUUUGAAGUGGGAAACUCAGCUCGACAAAGGAUUGUAAUGGGAAUUGCAAGAGGACUUCAGUAUCUUCAUGAAGAUUCCAGAUUCGAGAUGAUCCAUCGCGAUCUCAAGCCUAGCAACAUAUUAUUGGAUGGAGAAAUGAACCCCAAAAUUGCAGAUUUUGGAAUGGCAAAACUUUUCGAGGCAGACCAAACUCAAGGAAAUACUAGUAGAGUUGCUGGAACAUUUGGCUACAUGGCUCCUGAGUAUGCUUCAACAGGAAAUUUUUCAGUCAAAUCUGAUGUUUUUAGUUUUGGAGUCUUACUUCUGGAGAUUGUGAGUGGACGCAGGAAUAGUGUAACUGAUCUAAACAUAGAAGAUGAGAACUUACUAGAUCAUGCAUGGAAGUGCUGGAAUGAUGGGACCGGUUUAGAGUUGGUGGAUCCAAAUCUUGGAGGAAAUUUCUCAAUCCCUGAAAUUGAAAGAUACAUCCAUAUUGGAUUAUUGUGUGUUCAGGAAGAUGCAGCUAGACGACCAGCAAUUGCAUCAAUCUUGUCUAUGCUCAGUAGCCAGUCAGCUGUUCUGCCAUCUCUGACAGCGCCUCCAGCUUUUCCGUAUAAGAGAAACCUUCCUCAAGCCUUGAGUGCAAGUAAUGCUCAUUUUACAGAGGUGUUCACUAAUGUGAAUGGCAGGUAAUUCUAUUACAUGGAAGCUCUGUUACUUAGAAGGCUGAUUGAUUACAAUGCUUGAAAACUCUAUAUAGGGAUUCUUUUACACAAAAUUUAUUUCCUUCAUGUCAAUGAAUGAUAAUUGUACUCAAUAUUUUGCUUGUUAACACAGCAUGAUUCUAAUAAUGAUUUUUCUGAUUUUGCUAGACAUUAUUAUUUGUUAACACAACAAUUGAUUCUACUUUGAUGUGGAUCCAAAAGUAUCACUGUGUGUGUGUGUGUUUUUUUUUCCCCUGAACAUAAUAGUUUAAUUUGCUAAAGCUGAACUGAGCUGACUCAGCUGAACUGAAUUGUUUAUGAGAAAAGGAAAUUAGGAA